CAGUUCUACCAAAUCCAAGCGAUCGAGUGAUCCUUUAUUCUUCCUAUAUUAAAAAAAUUACGAUUUGUGAUUUGCAGAAGCAUUGUACUUGCGCUGGUAGUGUGCCAACUUUGACCGGAAGGUACACGGAGUUACUAAUAACUUUCAUGACUACUGUGUUCUCAGAGCUGUUUUUCAAAAACCUUUUCACCAAUAUUUCGGGAUCCAUGUUCCUAAGACGAUCUAAAUUCGCAUUUUCUGCGACACAUCGAGGUGUGCGCCGUGCCUUCCUAGCCUGCCACAACACAAACGAAUUACCAGACAACACGGGCACAAAUCGCAACUGGCAGGCUGAUUGUGAAUGUUUUAUUGAUUGUGCUGGCGCAAGAAAUCUGGCGUGCAGUGCAGCCGUUGUGUAGGCGUAUGACUUCUCCAGGAGUGAAUCAAUAACGGAUAAACUGCACAGCCACAAUAUCACGACUGCUGCUCGCUCGACGAGUUGCAUGCAACACCAUUUAUCCGAAAAGGACUUACGAAAUCAAAAUGUUUUCCUUUAAUUUAAUAAAUCCUUAAAUCGUUUUUGGAGAAAACACUUUCCGGGGAAAGGUCACCUUGCGGAGGUAUGUCGCUCUGUGACCAGUGAACUUACUGCGAGCGUUGUAUACAAAUUCAGGAUGGAUCAAGCUGACGCGACUCCGCAGCCGCGCAGAAGCUACCAUGUGGCCCCUUCCAUCCAUGUGUCCUCGGAUACGUCGGACGCCAGCGAUCAGCCGACCACCUCCAGUGGUCUGCGAGCGCGCAGAAAUCUGCCGCAUGCCUUGCGGGUAAAUGUCAAUGUGUACGACAUCCACGCCAUGGGCAUGGAUCCCAACGGAUCCGGCAGCACCAUGUCGCGGCACUCUGCCAUCUCCGACGCGGAAAUCACCCCCGACACACACUUGCUCAACAAAGUCCCCAUCACAGCCAACCACCUUACCAAUAUUGACUCCCUCAGUCAAGGAGUUCUGUCCAAACGAGAUAGUUUACGGAAAGGUAUGAAGUUUAUCGACGAUACUCCACGUGGAAUUUCGGACACCGCACGUUCUUCUUACGUUCCGCCACAUUUACGUCAUUUAUCGAGAUUGCCGGAAAACAGCACAUUAAAUGUAUCUCAGGAUAGCGCUUACGACCCCCUACGGCGGUACUCCACAUCGACAUUAGCGGCGUACAGUGAGGCCAGCAGCGCACGAUCGAGCAUGGAGCGUGGAGCGCAGAUUCAGGAGCAGCUGCAUAAACUAGUCUCAGCAUUCCAUGAGCGCGCCAGGAAGGUCAAAGAGCAAGUUGUAGUGCAACCACCAUCCCCCACAUUUUCCGAGGAGGACGAACCACCGGCGGAAAGGCUGACCAUUCCGUUAAACCAAAUGCCAGUGCGUCCGCCCAGUCCGUCGCCUACCGGUAUCGAUGCGCGCAAUGACCGACGCGGCAGUCUGCGCCGAAUGAUGUCCAUAUCGACCAAUGCUUCCUCACGUCAUUCCAAGAUGCGGUUUCCGGGCACAUUUGAACCGCAAUCCCGACUGUAUAUAUCCUGGCUGUUUACCGUCAGUCUAGCCUUCAUGUACAAUGCCUACGCAAUUCCAAUGCGUGCCGCCUUCGAUCAUUUGCAGAACGAGCAUAAUCAGCACUGGUGGUUCUUAGCGGAUUAUUGCUGCGAUAUUCUCUACCUAAUCGAUAUUAUUUUCUUCAAAACAUCCGUCAGAUUCGUGUCGAACGGUGUAUGGAUAGAAAAUCGGCGGGAAAUUAUUAAACGCUACGUGCGCUCCUGGCGGUUCAAGCUUGACAUUUUGGCAUCGGUACCCUUUGACAUUUUGUAUCUGGUCCGGAUUGUCGGCGUCAAUCCACUGCUGCGACUGCCCAAAGUGCUCAAAUUGCCAUCAUACUGGGAAUAUCAGUCAAGGAUUGAUCAGGUAGCCCGGUCGCCGCAUCUGCUGCGGGUGUUGAAUUCGCUGGCGUAUAUGAUGUGGAUGAUCCAUGCUAAUGGAUGCUUGUUUUAUUACAUCUCCAAGACCGAAGGAUUUGGAACCAACCACUGGGUGUACGAUAAUAAAACGCGUCCCGCCUAUCUGCACUGUUUCUGGCGCUCCUUUAUCGUCGCUACCGCCGUGGGCAACGCCCCGGAACCGGAGAACAUCGUCGAGAAUGCCUACAUGAUCUUUUCCUGGCUGGUGGGCGUGUUCGUCUUCGCCCUGCUCAUUGGUCAGAUCCGUGACAUCUUCACGCAGAUGACCUAUCAGGAAGACCACUACCAGAAGACGGUUGACACGGCCAUCCGCUAUCUUCAGAAUCUCCGCCUACCUAAGGAACUGCAGGUCAGUGUGCGGGAAUGGUUCUCCUACAACUGGGAACAGCACAAGACCCUGGAUGAGAAUUCCCUCCUGGACGGCCUGCCCAAGAAGCUCAAGACGGAUCUGGUGCUGUGUGUGCAUUAUAAUACGCUGAGUAAGGUGCAGUUGUUCCAGGGGAUUGAUCAGAGUAUGAUACGGGAUCUGGUGCUGAAGCUGAAGCCGGUGGUGUUCCUGCCGAAUGAUUUCAUCUGCAAAGGGGAGGUCGGCAAGGAGAUGUAUAUUGUCCGCAGCGGGGUGCUGGAUGUCAUUGCGGCGGAGAAUAAGGUGGUGGCCACGCUCAGUGAGGGCAGUGUCUUUGGGGAAAUCAGUCUGCUGUCGUUGGCUGGAGGGAAUCGCCGAACAGCGGAUGUUAGGUCCAGGGGAUUUUCAAAUCUGUAUGUACUGCGGAAAGCUGAUCUUAAUGAAGUUCUACGUGAUUAUCCCGAAACGAAGGAAGCGCUGAAAAAGAAGGCUCAGCGGUUGUACCAACGAAUUAGUCCGACAGACGAAAGAAAGCUCCCACCACCUGUUGAAGUCAUCAAAACCCGGUCUCCGACCCCGGAAUUUGUCCGCACCGUUAUCCACGUCCUCGACCCGAAAUCCAGCUUAAAGAAACGCCUAUCCAAAACCAGCGUGCGUGCGCCCUCCUUCGCCUCCAUACCGGCGCCAAAGGAGGCGGACAUUAACCCUUCAGAAGAAGAGCUUUGCCUGCCAGAAUCCACCAACGAUGAGAACAUGGAACGCCUACCGACGCCUCAUCCCGUACCGGACGUUCCCGCCGAUGACCCAGAACUCCACCCGCGCCGUCCCACCUCCACGGAAUUACUGCGACGGCGCCGGGAACAGGAAGUCCUGCAGCGCAAACUCUCCUCGGACACGGAAGACGGGCCGAGCACGGCGGCCGCCGCCCCCCGCCGGCGGAAAGCCCGCAGUCCGCUGCGCAGUCGGCAGUCGUUGCGGGAUAAAUCACCGGCGCCGCUAGCACAAGUGGACAGUGAUGAUUCCUCCGACAUGCGGAGUACGCUGUCGUUUCUCCCGAAUUUUCUUGCGGCUCCGCUGCGCCGGUUGUUCCAGCGACCGGCGAAGAUUGCCCCGGUGGAGGUGUCGCACGACGAGCAAUCCUUUGAGCAGCAUGAACUGGUGUCACCGGCCAAACCGGCAGUGAAAAUCAGCCGGAACAACCAGAUUUUCCGGCUGCCGUCGGUGCCGUCCAAUGAGAGUGUCGGCUCCCGACCGCCUAGUGUUCACUCCUCUAGUGAAGAAAAUUAUGGGAACCUGGAUUUGGAGCCGCCGGAUCUGGAGCAAUCGUCGGAUGAGUUUGGGACGUCUGGGUUAACUAUUAAGAAUAUCAACGAUCGACCUUAACAGAUGCUUAUUCUGUCAUCUUUUGCUACAAAUGCAUUCGCGGCGUGCAGUCGAUUACUGCCUGUACAGCUAACUACAAGAUGUAUCUUAAAAUGUAUCUUAAAAUGUAUCUUCCUUUGUAUCUUAAAACUCUCUCAAUCUUUCGGUUAUUGAUGGGAUGAAUUACACGGCUACUAUCACGUUGCAAAUAA